ACGUUGAUCGCGGAAGUAAACAUAAAGAGGCUGACAGAUUUUCAGCUGCGUCACAAAGUUUGAGUCUGACUGUCAGAGACCAAGUUUGAGUUUCUGCGUCCAGAGUCUGGUUCCCUGAGUCUGGUUCCCUGAGUCCGGUUUCCCUGAGUCUGGUUCCUUGAGUCCUGCUGAGUCCUGCAGAGAGACCCGGUCAGCAUGUCUGUGACGGUGAAAGCUUACCUGCUGGGGAAAGACGAGGCGGUGAAAGAGGUGCGCAGGUUCACCGUGGAUCAGGAUGUCUCCUCCAGCUUCGAGUACCUGAACAGGAAGACUGCAGGGGUGUUCACCUGCCUGAACAACGGGUUCAACAUGUACUACCGAGAUGAAGAUGGAGACCUGGUGGCGUUUUCCUCUGAUGAUGAGCUGAUGAUGGGUUUGGCCUGCAUGAAGGACGCCACCUUUCGCCUUUUCAUCAAAGAGAGGAAGGAGCACCGUCGGGACUUCCCUCUUCAUGCCUUCCCUCCUUUUGCCUUCGGACACCCCCCUCCUCCUCCUCCUCCACCUGGGGCUCCUCAUGCCCCGCCCCCUCACAUGGCUCCGCCCCCAGCCCUGCACCCUCAUGUAACCUGUGAUGGCUGUGAAGGCCCUGUGGUGGGGACUCGUUUCAAAUGUUCCGUGUGUCCAAACUACGACCUGUGCUCCACCUGCCAAGCUCAGGGGACGCACACGGAGCACGCCCUGCUGCCCAUCUGGCACCCGCUGCAGUGGUUUCCUCGGGGACGCUGGAUGAAGAAGAUGAGACACUGCAUGUGGAACCAAAACACGAACGUGAACCAUCCUGAGAACCAGGAAAAGGACAAGGACCAGUCUGGAUCCUCCAGACCUGCUGCUGAUGGCAGCACCUCUGCUGCCUCCCAGGCUGGUGUGGACUUCCUGAAGAACAUCGGCGAGGGCGUGGCGGCCAUGUUGAGUCCCCUUGGUAUCGAUGUGGACAUCGAUGUGGAGCAUGAAGGCCAAAGGACCAAAGUGACUCCGCCCACUCAGACCGGAGCGGCGGAGAAAGACGUGGAGAUGAGGGAGGAUAGCAGCGAGGGCGGGGCCAGCAGCGAGGGCGGGGCCAGCAGCGAGGGCGGGGCCAGUAGUGAGGGUGGGGCCAGUAGUGAGGGUGGGGCCAGCGUUAAAGGCGGAGAAGGUGAAGGCGGAGCCGACAUCAAAAGCGGAGACCUUGGUGAAGGCGCUGACCAUGGUGAAGGUGGAGACCAGAGUGAAGGCGGAGCCGGCAGUGGGUCAAAGGUGAGCAGAGACUCUGACGAGGAGUGGACUCAUCUGAGCCCAAGAGAGGUUGACCCAUCCACUGGAGAGCUGCAGUCCCUCCAGAACCAGGACCAAGACCCUGGGCCCUCUUUAGGACAGCAGGGUCCCACAGGGCUGAGGGAGGCGGCUCUGUACCCUCACCUGCCUCAAGAAGCCGACCCCCGUCUGGUGGAGUCCCUCGCUGCGAUGCUGUCGAUGGGUUUCACCGAUGAGGGAGGAUGGUUGACUCGUCUUCUUCAGGCCAAAAACUUUGACAUUGGUGCCGCGCUGGACGCCAUCCAGUACGCCAAACAGCCCCGCCCACAGCAGCCCUGAUGACGCCAUCGUGAUGUCACCGCUGAUAACAUGAGACUAACUUUCCAUGAUUUGUACCAGAAGUUCCUGUUAUCUGACUUAUUACUCAAUCAUCAAUACUGCCGUCAAUACUCGAUAUUUUAUAAUCAAUGCUUUGUAAUCAACACCUGUCUGUCAUUUAUUUACUUUGUCAUCAUGUUUUUGUUUCUGGACAUUAAAACGUCAACAAACA